CGCGUUUGCGAUUUUCGCGCUCGCGUUACAUCGAGACAGCGCAAGAUCGAUAGAAGUCACCGGUCUACCUGCCGCGAAAUACGCGGCGGAUAAACCGCGUUAUCGAUCUUCCUCGUUCUUGAUACAUCGGACAACUCGUUCGAAUCGUUCGUCGCGGAAUACGAACUUCGAUCAGCAGUUUCUUGUUAUCGUGAGUUUCGUGCAUCGAAUCGGUUUUAUCACGGCGAUAACGUUUCGUGAAAAUGUGCCGUGAUCGAUAAGCAUGUGGAUUCCGACAACUACAGUGCCGGACCACUUGUUUUCUAAUUCUUUUGUUUACCAUAGAACGCAGAUUCGUCGAGGCGAAUCGAAUUAAUCGGUUCGAUCGCACUGCGUCGCGCCGCUUCAAACGCUUUAAACUGUGAUUCGUGUGGAACGGAGACCGUGAACGGAUUAGCAAAUCGUUGAAUAGUUUGGAAAUUAAGCAUAGAUCUAGUGGGAACUGAUUAAUCGUGUUAGAUCUUCGAGAUCAACGAACUGUCACGCGAUCUUCUCGUGUGUGUGCAUGCCCACGUGAUUUGUUUUUCUUUUUCUUUUCGAUUUGUAUCGUUUCUCAACCGGAAAACGUUAAUCUGCGAAAAUUGCAGAGAAUGUGGUGAAACCUCGAAUUCUGUGUGAUUUACAAUCGCCGGUCACCGUCACGAUCGCGGUUGCGAUCGCGGCCGCAACUCGCGCGAUUAUCGUGCUAUGAAAUCUGUGUAAACCAGUUCCUUCGUUUGUAAUUUCGUUUGUUAUUCGCAAACGUAUUCACUUUCGGGCCGUAUCCAGUUUCAUUUGGUCGAGAAGUGCUAUUGGUUUGCUCUGCCAUAUUGGGACCAACUGAUCAUCCAUUGUCCUAAGAUGAAACACACUCCAACUAUUGUAUAGACUUCCUUUUAUAGCCACGUGGUAUCGUAUCUAUUCAGAAUCUAUUAUUUUCACGCCAAUGAAUUUUCUUAUUAGAUUCGUGCACGAUCGUGACGAUAGAGUCGUAAAAAAAGAAAUGUAAAAAUCGAGGAAACUAGAUUCUUCGAAGAUAUUGGAACCUGUGGCUAAUCGUCACACGUGCAACGUUCAUGGACGGAACUUUAAAGAAUCCAAUUUUGACAUAACGCGGUAUAAUCGUUGGAAAUGCUAAGCGCAUAUCGAUAAUAGUUUUUAAGUUUGCUUCCGCUAGUUUUAAUCUACUGAACUUCGCGCUACCUUGAACAAUCUUAUCAGCGCAUUCACGAACGUGGCAACGCGUUACGUGGUGCAUCGAUUUAACUGGUGCAAAAUUUUCAACCGAGUAUCGGCAACGCUCCGCGCUGAUACCAGCGAGUUUCGUGAAUUUCCCCCUACUCAGCUUUACCUAUCUAUUUUUAACCGACUCGCCCGUUAUCGCUUUAAUAUCAAUAAAUUAUAAUUCCAUUAUAAAACAUAAAAGUAUCUUAUUGCACAAAACGAUUACUUCGCCGUUUAUGCUUUCGUCUCUUUCUUGGAAAUUAUUAUAGACGGUGGUGGAACACACAAAUGAAAAAUUGUAAUACUUCUUUCAAGUCGUACGUUUCCACGUUCCAGCCUUAAUCAUUGUUAAUUGUUGCACUUUUACGGCGCUAUCGAGGCGCACCGCUCGUGACGUUUCUCGUAAGUCGACGAUAAUAUCACGAUAGUCUGUUACCUUUACGAUAGCGUUAAUUGCCGAUGACGAAACGCGAUCAUGUAUGUGUUCGGCCGAACUCUGUUUACCGAUAAAAACCCGUGAAACAUUCGUUGUUCGGACAAUCAUUCGUCCAGAAAAUUUUACAUUCGUUUCUGUUGGACCAAUUCGAGACGUGGUUCGAUUAUUUCAAGUAAUUUACUUAUUAAUUCUAUUCGGGAACUAACGCACACGCGCGCGCGCGCACACACACACACUCUCCCUCUCUGCCUCUUGUGGUAAUUCGAUGGAAGUUGUUAGUUGAAAAGUUGCAAAUUUUUCUAGCUUUUUUGUAAACGGAAACAAUCAAGCACGAUAACUUCGAUACGGUUAGUUCGAAUCGCAAUGAUAAGGAAGAAACGCGAUAAGAAAAAAUACUGAUACAGUGCACUUCUGGCUGCAACAAUUACGACCAUGUGAUUUCCUCGGAAGGUUGGGGAAUUCUUUGAAAUCGAUAUUGCGGAUAAGAAAAAGAGGGAACGCGUGAAACUGAUAUGGACAGGUAUAUACAAAUGAGGAAAAGAUAAUGAGAGGUGGGCUAUAUUUCGUUGAUCAGUCGCGGAUUUAUCGGUUGAGAAAGAGGGUCACGAGUAAUGACGUGAUAGUUAAUGCGACGCGAUUUGGUAAUGGUAUUUAUUAAUCUCAAUAAAAUUCUGGCUAACUCGAGCGCAAAAUCAACGGCGAUCGCGAGAUUAAUAAUUGAGCUAUUGGUACAAUUGAUAACGAUAUGCCGCCAGCAGCGGUUAAUUAAUUAUAGCCUCUAAUGGAACUACUUGAAAGCAAAUACAUAAUGCGUAAUAGGAUCGCAAGCCACAGUAUCAACAUCUACAAUGGAUUACCCCUGACAUCAAUAUAUUCUUAAUUAAUCAUUACCUGGCAGUUUUUUUUAACAUUCUGCCAAUGCUAAUUCUACACUGGAACUAUAAUACUAAACACGAUUGUAAUAUAAACACAUGUGCUCGUAUUCGUAAAAGAAUUAAAAUAAUAAUCUAAAAUUUUCCAUAAGUGACAUAAAUCGAACUUCGUUUCUUUUUUCGUUUAGGAAUUUUUCUUUAAACUCGACGACUGUUCCUAGAAUGAAAAUCGAAAUUGUAUUGCACGUAGCCAUUAUAAAGAAUAGAAUCAUUAACAUUUGAUUUUUUAAUCGAAAUGUAUUUUGUCAGAAGGAAAACAAUUGUCUAGAUGCUUUUGAACGAUAGCGUACAAUCUCUUUUUAGGUCUUUAAUUAUCGGUAAUUCCAGCGUUCAGUUUCUACUAUUUCUGAUACUUGUUCACGAUUCAAGGGCGAAGAACCUCGGGAAAUAGACCGACAACCAAUGGUUGGAAAGAGAUAGCUAACCUGAGAACAGCAUUUACCACGGAAGUUCGCACAUUGUUUGGCCACGAUUUGUUCGAUCAACGUUACUACCGGAACAAUAAACGUCGUUCGCAAUGGAACGAUCUCUCGCUCGGUUCUGUAACAAUUGCGCGAUCCAUGCGCGGCUAUAAUGCGAUUCUAUUGAUCCGAUUCACGGUCUGACGCGGCUCUGGCCAGCCGCGUGGCAGAGAAAUUUGCAAUAAUCGGGAAUCGACGAAAGCCGCUUAAUUGUUCGCUCGAACGCGUGUUCGUUCUACGAGCUCGCUGUUUUAUUGACGGUUCAUCCGCAGUGCUUCGCGUGAUUGGAGUUACACGUGAAUCGUUUAUCUCCGUCGGGCCGACCUCGAUGAAGCGCGGCCAGUUUCACCUGGCCGCUGAAUCCUUCCGGAAGAACGAAACGCGGCCAAUUCGUCCAGCUGAGACGCGGAACAAUUUUUUAAUAGGACUUUGGGGCUGAAAAGGGAAGAACUCUGUUCGGUUGUUCGUGUGUAUGUGUGUAUAUCGAGUUUGGCACGAUGACAACACCGAAGAAGGACGAGAAGCGGGCUUCGAAGAAGUCGAAGAACGUCAGCCAGAAAAUGUCGAGUUGCAAGAAGCAGGUACCCCCGAAGAACAGAGAAUCGAAGGUGCAAGCAGAGGAACCAAGAGAGGAUCUAUCGAUCCUCGGUAGCAACGACGACGCGCAGGGGGAUGAGAAGGCGGCAAGGACGAGCGGGAGAUUCGAACGGAAGUCGUUCCGUCGGAAAAUCGGGUCACUGAUAAGAGGCAGCGCCGCGGAGUUACCGGCUGUGAUAAAUCGCAGUCUGCAACCGAUUAAGCGUAGUUUGAGCUUCAGUAAAGACUUGAACCGUGUGCAAGAACCCUCGAAACCUCAUAGGCCGAGCAGCGUACAUUGGUAUAACAGUUUGGUGUCUUUGGCCGAGGAUGAAUGUCUGGACGACCAGGAUGACAGCCCUCCGAGCAACAGCGAGGAACUAUUUUCCCCGAAGGUUCAAGUUACCAGGACGCAGAGUCUCAUCGAUACCACUUCCACUAGAAGUACGAGAAGACGAGCGAACGAGGCACUGAGUCGAACAGCCCCUUACGGACGAUACAGCGUCUAUUAUGACUCUACAAUAGAUUUAAGUAGUCCGCCCUGGGAGGCCAGUAGUCUCCCUGCUCUCACGCACACCGUCAGGGAUGAAAGCUACAACGAGCGAAUAUUCCCCCUUAAAAAGGAGCAACAGGUCAGACGCGAAUGGAGGAGCCUGAAAGCAACUGGCCGAAAUUUGUCUCUCCUAGAUGUCGACCAGUCCCCCGCGCAGCUUCAUUCGGUGCGUUCGAGGUCGUUGACCCAGCUGGACGCUCUGGGCAGCAAAAUGCUGGAUACGGGGGAGCACCAUCUGGGGGGUGGUCCCUCGCAACAGCAACCCCAUCAUCUUCACCACCAUUACCAACCUCAGCAAUUACAGCACCACCCCCAAAACGUCGAAAGUAAUCCCCGUCUUCUCGUACCCACGGCGUCAUCCGUCGAGGGAGCGCACCAGAAUCGAACCCGGCACAAGCUGUCUCGGUCACAGGUAUCCAGCAGCGAGUUCUUCAGCGUUAGCUUCGAGCUGUCCGAUGAUUCGAGCGGCCUAGACCGAGACGAGCUUCUGCCAGCUGUGAAAGGCACAUACUUGGCGGAUGUGCUGAACGCUGCAUGCGAGAGACGCGGAGUCGACGUGUCGCGGGUCGAGGUCCUCGAUGGCUUCUCGCAGCCAUUACCAAUUCUCACCACGGAUACCUCCAGCCUUGGAGGGAAGCACUUGCGGAUAACAGUUAAGGACAACGAAAAAUCGAACUCGAGGUCGUCGAGCCAGAGGAGCAACCAGAGCGUCUCCCUGAGAAAAGCAAGCGGGAGUUGUCGUUGUCGCAGCGGUCGUUUCUUCAGCGUCUCGACGGAAGACUCGAGUGUCGAUUCUGAGAUCGGUAGCAACACCACGCUUACGUCUGGUCGGAGCUCCGCUGGGGCUGCGGGGCCCAAGACCAGCAAACAGCGAUGGAGUGGCUUCUUCACCAAUACCAAAGGCACGAAACUAGAUCUACUCACCGCUCAGCUGGACGAUUAUAACAAACAUGGCGUGCCGAAACUUUCCGAACUUUCUCACGAACUCAAUUUUAACGAAGAUGUCUUGUACAAUCUAGAACACGACUGGCGAGAUAUCGUUCAAAACUCGGAUCAACUAUCGGAGAAGCAACAGCAACAACAAACUGCUUUAUGGGAGCUAGCUCAAACGGAGAUAGCUUACAUAAAGACUCUAAAGGUUGUGACAGACCUCUUUAUGGCGUGCCUCUGCAGCCUGCAGACCUCGAAUAUCCUGAACGAGGUCGACAGGACAAAGCUCUUCAGCAACAUUCCUGAGAUCUACGCAGCGAAUCGCUACUUCUGGACUGAGUAUGUUCUAGUGAUGGUAAAUACAUCGAGGACCACUGGACAACCGCUCGAUCCUGGCCACCUUCUGCAAGGUUUCGAAACAUUCGAGCAAACGUUCGCACCUUACACCAGAUACUGCGCGGAGCAGAGCAAAUGUCAACAAUACUGCAGAGACCGUUUGAAUGAUAAUCAGCUAUUCACGGUCUAUCUCGUGUGGUGUGAAACUCAAAAGGACUGCAAUCGGUUGAAACUGCUUGACAUACUGGUGAAACCUAUGCAGAGGCUGACGAAAUACUCUCUCCUGUUGAAAGCUGUUCACAAGAACACGGAGAACGAGGAACAACGAGCAGAAUUGACGCAUAUGAUCAAAUCUGUAGACGACUUCGUGGCAUCAGUGAACGCAGCUUUGAAGAGGAACGAGGAAACAGCGCGGUUGGCCAGUGCCGCGUCCCGAAUAGAGAGUUAUGACGUGGUCGAAUCUAGAGACGAAGAAUUAGAGAAACUGAUUAAAAUUCACAGCACUUUUGACAUUACCACUGUUCCAAUGCCGGGUUGUCCGAAAGACAGCCUAAGAGUACUUCUUCGCGAAGGAGACCUGAAGUUGAGAGAUGCCGCUAGUAGUAAGAUGGAAGUACAUGUGCUAUUACUAACAGACAUGCUAUUGAUCUGCAAACCGUCGACUAAGAAAACCUCGUCCAGUGGGCUGACUGGCACCGUUGGGGGCGGUUUGAAGAUUAUAAGACAACCGUACGUCAUCGAUCGCAUCCGAAUACACGAGCUGAAGGAACCAAGUAGCUUAGGCUUGGUUUAUCUGAACGAGUAUGGGGCGGCAUCAGCUGCUCUGGUUCUCAGCACCGGAGAAUCAAAAUUAGCCAAGUCCUGGAUGGAAUCCAUAAGAAAAGCUCAGCAGCAAUUCGCGCUGAUGAAAGUGCCACCACUUGGCAACACGAUGAAUUUGGGCACAGUCAGUAGACAACCGAGCACCUUCCUUGGUGACGUUGAAUUCGAGCCAGAAGAAUGCGAGGGUAUGCCAAAAACACCUCGAGGAAGUAGCAGAGCGUCGAGAGUGAGCAGCCUUGCCCACAGUCACAGUCAUGAAACACCUUCCAGUGGAAGCAUAGAGAUGGAAGGCGUUUCACCGGGAAGUAGCAGCUUCCUGCCCAGCUACAAUGCGAGCAGAAAUGUCAGCGUGGAAACAAGUGAGCCACCGCGAGCCUCGAGCGUAUCGUCGGAAGAAGGAGGUGAAAGUUCUGGACACAACCACAGACCUUUACAAAUAAGUCUUAACAAAUUUGAUAAUAGACGAUAUCCGCUGAGUAAGUCGCCGACGCCUAACACGUUGAGUGUCCAAGUGCCAGCGUACUCUAGCUUGGGCCAAUCGCUGCCAAAUUUGACCCUAGCCACUUCGCCACAAACUUCGACCGUGUCUCCGACACCGCCAAACUCGCUUCUUAUUGUACCCCAAAUAACAAAGAGCAAGGACACUUUGCUUUCACCAGGGCAUCGAGGUAGUAUCUCGUAUCCACCACCAUCGCCCCCGAGAGGGGCGCUUAGAAGAGCGUUCGCGAUUCCUCAAUCACGAAACCCACCUCUCGUUAAAACGAGACACAUAAGCUCGUCUGUGACACAGACGGUUCAGCCUACGAUGAAUCUAGACACAGAAGCCAUUGAAGAAAGACGAAGAAGACUGGAACCUUCGCACAGGAUGCCAUCGACCAGCAGCAUUGCGGAGGAAAAGAAAUGACUAGAACUGGCAUACAGGAGUAACCUGCCGAAAAGAUAAAUUGCUACGGACCAUCUACAUUUGAUGAGGGUGUACGUGAUACGUCGUGUUUAGAAACAAGAUAUUCCUUUCUGUUAUCUGUAUGCAAGUGCUGCACACACUUUCAUGCAGGACCAGAAAGUGGUUCAAACAAUUGAGAAUGGAUUCAACUUGAAUAAGUGAACGUCUCGUACUCCCUGUGCCUAUAAUAUGAACCGAGCAAUUUUACAAUCGAUUGGGGCCAUUCGAAAUCAACGUGAAGUUUGUACCACGACCGUAUCAUUGUAACUGAUUUGAUUCUAGCUGUGUAACUUUUAGAUCUCAUUUUGUAAUGAACUUGUCGUGGAGGUUUGAGACAAACAUGUUUCAAUGUUACCCUAGUUCAUUUAGAAUUCUAAGCGACGAACAAAAAAAUGGCCUACCUAGUGUAAUUAAUAUUACAACUAUUUAUCGUGAUUUAAGUUUAGAUAACUAUAAUAGUUGGAGUAAGAUGCCUUUAGAGCAACAAUUUUAAACUAAACGAGUUCGAGUUUUGUGAGUUAAUGAUAUAAAAAAAAAAAAAAAAAAAAAACAGGUACGAACAUUUAGAAAGAAAGAGGCUACACACGUAGAGAAAAAUCACACUUUACGUAGAGAAAACGAAAGAAGAAAAAAAAAAAAAAGAAUGGACAAUUGCGUUACUCUCUCGUCGAUCGACACACGACUUAUGAACGUGGACAGAAUUACGAGAGGCAUGAAACGAGAGCGGGUGACACGUUUACUUUAAGUACAAAUUCUAUUUCGCAAUAUUUUGUUCAAGAGACUGAACUAAAGUGUCGGGCUGUCGGCGAACGUUACCUAACUAGAGACAACAAUAUGUAGAGAGAAAAGAAGAGCAAUGAUUUUAUACGAGCUCCUUUACGUAAAGUUUCUUUCAAUCCUCUCCUUCCCAAAAUUUGCGCAGCUUGUAUUAAGCUUAAAGUGUUAAAUUUACUAUAAAAAAAGAGUAUUGAUUGUGCGUGUAUGUGCUAUCAUCAUUCACGAUCAAGGUCAAAAUAUAGUACAUAAUUUAUUAA